CCCUUUCAGCCGGUGCCGUCCACCGGAACCAGAACAUGGCAACCUGGCGUCCACCGGGCGUACUUCCUCUGCGCUCAAACUGAGUUGUUGGUGAAAGUUGCCCGUCAGGAGGAAAGUUUCUCUGGACCGGACAGCAUGCGCUCCUUAGCGGGACUAACUGUCAUCGUGGCGACUGCAAGUGUCUACCUCUACCUGCUGUCGACGCACCUUCCCCCGGGGCCGACGCACCUUCCCCCGGGGCCGACGCGGCUCCAGCCGGGGCCUGAGCUGGAGGGAGAGGCCGUCUUAGAGUACAGGCUGAAGUUCCCAUCAGACCUGAAGUCACUACAGGAACUGGCCAAGACGCUUAAGUUCUACAAAACGGAGAACUACAGCUACGUUCUGCUGCUGUUCUGUAGCGCCUACCUCUAUAAGCAGUCCUUCGCCAUACCUGGCUCCUCCUUCCUGAACAUGUUGGGGGGGGCGAUUUUCGGACCCUGGGUGGGUCUGAUGCUGACCUGCUUGCUCGCCACUUUCGGCUCCACGUUCUGCUUCCUGUUGUCCUCGGCGUUUGGGAAGCAGUAUGUGGUUCACUUCUUCCCAGAGAAAGUGGCUCUGCUGCAGAUGAAGGUGGAAGAGAAUCGUAGCAGCUUAUUCUUCUUCCUCCUCUUCCUUCGUUUCUUCCCCAUGACUCCUAACUGGUUCCUUAACAUCACCUGUCCUGUCCUCAACAUCCCUCUAUCCAUUUUCUUCUUCUCUGUAUUAAUAGGUUUAAUCCCUUACAACUUCAUCUGUGUGCGUACGGGCUCUGUCCUGUCACAACUGUCCUCUUUGGAUGACAUCUUCUCAUGGGGGACGCUGGCUCAGCUGCUGGCCAUUGCGCUCAUGGCUCUGCUACCCGGAGCGCUCAUCACACGUUAUGGUGCCGCUCACCUCAAGCUGGAUGGCGUCGCCAGCAAUGGAACCGGCCGGGACAGAAAGAGCAGAUGACCCUGAAUGUUAACGAUGCUCAGCACCUGGACAUUUUGAAUUCCCAUCAUGAAGUGAGUCUUCGCUCUGAUUCACUCUGCAGUCGUUAAUAUGGCUGCAAAAACUUCUGAUAUUUUCCCAAGUUAACAUCCUUCUGACCUUCUUUUGCCACUUAAAUUAAACUCGGUGGUUGCAAAAUUACAUCAUGGAGAACUUUCUAUGUGAAAUGCAGUUUUUCAGAUAGGUUUGGGAUUAUGACUUUUAAAGGGAAAUAUGAAAAUGCCACAUUUCAAAUUUGAAUGGUUUCAUAAUGCUUCAUAAAACACAAGGCACUUUCUUUUA